AUGGAAGAAGAAAUAGCUGCACUCGUUAUUGACAAUGGAUCUGGUAUGUGUAAAGCAGGAUUUGCGGGUGACGAUGCACCAAGAGCUGUCUUUCCUUCUAUUGUUGGGCGUCCACGUCACCAGGGAAUUAUGGUAGGAAUGGGCCAAAAGGACUCGUAUGUUGGCGAUGAAGCGCAGUCCAAACGCGGUAUUUUAACUUUAAAAUAUCCUAUUGAGCACGGAAUUGUUAGUAAUUGGGAUGAUAUGGAAAAAAUCUGGCAUCAUACAUUCUACAACGAACUUCGUGUUGCACCAGAAGAACAUCCUGCAUUGCUUACAGAAGCUCCUCUUAAUCCGAAAUCGAAUAGAGAAAAAAUGACUCAAAUAAUGUUCGAAACAUUUAAUGCUCCUGCAUUCUAUGUAGCAAUUCAAGCUGUUUUAUCACUUUAUGCUUCGGGGCGUACUACAGGUAUUGUACUUGAUUCAGGAGAUGGAGUCACACAUACUGUUCCCAUUUAUGAGGGAUAUGCACUUCCACAUGCUAUUUUCCGUCUUAAUCUUGCUGGAAGAGACUUAACAGACUAUCUUAUGAAAAUUUUAACAGAGCGUGGCUACAAUUAUACUACCACUGCAGAGCGCGAAAUUGUUCGUGAUAUUAAAGAAAGGCUCUGUUAUGUUGCUUUAGAUUUUGAGCAAGAAAUUCAAACUGCCUCAUCAUCAUCUACCUUAGAAAAAUCAUAUGAAUUGCCUGAUGGUCAGGUAAUAACUAUUGGUAAUGAACGUUUCCGUGCUCCAGAAGCUCUUUUUCAGCCAUCUAUACUUGGCUUGGAAACAUGCGGUAUUCAUGAAACUACAUUCAAUUCUAUUAUGAAGUGUGACGUCGAUAUUCGCAAAGACCUUUAUGCCAAUAUUGUUAUGUCAGGUGGAACAACAAUGUAUCCAGGUAUUGCGGAUCGUAUGCAAAAGGAAAUAACAGCUCUUGCACCCUCUUCAAUGAAAGUCAAAAUAGUCGCUCCACCUGAGAGAAAGUAUUCUGUCUGGAUUGGAGGGUCUAUUCUUGCCAGUUUAUCGACUUUCCAACAAAUGUGGAUUAGCAAGCAAGAAUAUGAUGAAAGUGGGCCGUCCAUUGUUUAUCGCAAAGUAUAUAAAUUCAUAAGACAUAAUUUAAAUUAA